AUGGCUCCGGCAGAGGCAAUCGAGCUGCGGCCCACGAUCAAAGAUGCCAGUCAGAUUGACGCGAACAAGUCAAAACAUGGAUCCGAAGUUUAUAAUCAGACCAGAACGCGGAAAGUGUUCUCAUUCUCUCAGCUCUUCGCCUUCUCCUUGACUUACAUGGCCUUGUGGGAAGGCAUGUGCACAAACAUGUACUUUGCACUCUACAACGGCGGGCCUCAAACAUUCAUCUUCAGUUUCGUCAUAGUGUUCUGCGGAGCCAUCGCACAAGCCGCGUCUUUGGGCGAGAUGGCCUCGAUCCAACCGGUCGCCGGUGCUCAGUAUCAUUGGACUUUCCACCUCGCCCCCGCACGUGUCAAGCGCUUCGCUACCUGGAUCCAGGGCUGGUCGACAUGGUUUGGAUACGUAUCGCUCCUUGCUGGAAUUGCAAACGUCACGAUUAUCCUCCUGGAGUCGAUGAUUGAGUUGAACCAUCCCGACUAUGUGCCUGGAGGCUGGCACACCUCGGUGCUUGUCAUCGCCAUGUGCGUCAUUCAGGGAUUGAUGAACACAUAUUGCUUCAGAGUCAUCCCGUGGGUUGAGCUUGUUGCUGGAGUCCUUCACGUCUGCUUAUUUGUUGUCUUUGUCGUUGUUUUGGCCGUGAUGGGAACUCGGCACUCAGGUAGCUUCUUCUUGGAGACCAACAUUGCGUCUGGUUGGACAGAUACCUUUAUUGCCUGGAACCUCGGCAUGUUGACUUGUGUUUGGAGUUUCACCGGCUUCGACAGUGCCAUCCACAUGAGCGAAGAAACCCGAAAGGCCAAGUCAGCAGUGCCUCGUGCCAUGUUCUGGUCUAUCUUCAUGAACGGAUGCUUUGGAUUCGUCAUAGUCUGCGUCAUCCUUGUCUCAAUGGGCUCGAUUGACGACGCCCUCAACUCAGCCAGCCCAAUUCUCACUAUUCUUCUCAGCAUCACCGGUUCCAAGGGCGCGACGACGGCCAUGAUCACCGGCCUCUUCGUCGUAUCCUUCAGCGUAAACUUGGCCAAUAUCGCCUCUGUAUCUCGUCUUACUUGGGCCUGGUCCAGAGACGGAGGCUUGCCUGCUUAUCUGGCAUACGUUCAUCCGAAGCACUGCGUACCUAUCCGCGCAAUUGUCGUUACGGUGUUCAUUGUUUGUGCCCUUUGUCUCCUCAAUAUUGGAAACUCAAGCUACGUCGCUUUCGGUGCCAUUACUUCUCUCUCAUCCUUAGCUCUCUACCUCAGUUAUGCGAUCGCAAUCAGCAGCAUGCUGUACGCUCGUCUAUCUUCCAAAGGAGAGGUCGAGCUUGGAGAGUGGAAUCUCGGCCGGUUUGGUCUCCACAUCAACUCAUUCGCCUUGGUCUAUACCCUUUACGUCAUCAUCUUUCUUCCUUUCCCUUCCACGGUCCCUGUCACUGCAGAGAACAUGAACUAUUGUGGACCGGUCAUGGUCUUCGUCCUAUUGGUUGCAGUAGGUCUCUGGUUCAUCAAAGGCAAGAGAUGGACUGGGCCAAAUCUCACCAUUCUGGAUCUAGUCAUGGACAAGUCUUGAUGGAGAGCAGGCAGCCAGUCUAAAAGUAGUUGGUCUAUGUAAAAUGUACAAAGAAUUGAAGUUGACUGAGGGCAACCUUUCACUAUAUGCGCAACGCACUUGGGAUGUGCGCUCCCAGCUCCGUGAAGGCCGUCUGCCCCUU